GGUCGCGAAAAUUGAUCUCUUUGAAUAUUUUGAUUCCUUGUUUCCAUGGCGCUUCAUGGGUCUGGAGUUUUAUGCAAAGUUUCAAACAUGGUAGAGAUCACUUCUCUGUUUUGUGGUUCGAUGAGGCUGCUUCACUUGCCUAAAUCUUAUCCGAUUCAUUGCAACAUGGUUUCAGCUAGCAAUACAUUCGGUUCUGGUCAUCUCAAGCUGCAAAACAAAGAACCGUGCUCCCGUUUUAGGCCUUGUCGAGUCAAACGUGAAGACAAUAACCAAACUGCGGAUGUUAAAAGCAUUUCAGUGGAUGAGAACACGUUGAAGCAAGAUCUCGAGACUGCGAUCCAGGAAGAAAACUAUGUGGAGGCAGCUAAAAUCCGGGAUAAACUAAAAGAGCUUCAAGAAGACAACAAAGCCUCUGUUUUAUCAGCCAAUUCUCGGUUCUAUCAAUCUUUCAGAAACGGGGAUUUAGCUGCGAUGCAAUCUUUGUGGUCGAAAUCCGGAAACCCGUGCUGUGUGCAUCCAGGGGCCAAAGGCAUAACUGGGUAUGAUUACGUGAUGGAAAGCUGGGAAUUUGUGUGGAUGAACUAUGAGUUUCCGUUACAGAUUGAGCUGAAAGAUGUUGAGGUUCAUGUCCGAGGCGAAGUAGGUUAUGUAACGUGUAUGGAGUUUGUGAAGACGAAAGGGAGUAGUAGUUGGGGAGCUCAGUUUGUGUCGAAUGUGUUUGAACGGAUCGAUGGGCAAUGGUUUAUAUGCAUUCACCAUGCUUCUCCUGUUGAUAUUUGAUCAAAGAAUCGCAGAAACGAUACACAAUUUCAAUGCGUUUUCUUUUAUGUGCGUUUGGAGGCUGCGGUGGGAUAUAUUGGCGGUUGCUUAAGAGUGAUGAAGGACUGCUUUUAUUUCUCCAUUGGCGAUUGGGACUGAAAACGCCACACAAACAAGAAAAGGCAUAAGUUCUG